UGACUCACUCGGACCCACUUUGCCACUGCCUCCUCAAGGAACACGCUGCUGCCUGAAGUUAAGGAAGUGGUCGGGGAGCGGCAACCUUUACUGACUUUUUCUUCCUUUCUAGCGUUUCUUAAUAUGACGCUAAUCCCGAGGAGUGAAGAAGGCAGGCUUCCGGUUGUCGCGUUUGUGUUUCGUCGAUGCGCUUGUCCUUCCAGAAUCGGUAGCCACCCUCGCCUUAACCAACGAACUGCAUUUAUGAACUACGUCCAGUCCGCCUUCUAGCUGUUCUGCUGAAAGGAGUACACGCGCGGGCGAGAGCACCUUCCCUAGACCGGCUUGCUGUCGGCGCGAUUCGAAUAGCUCAUCCUGCGGCCGGCAGUCGAAGAGGACUACGCUUACUGGAUGGCUCGUCCGGAUACGGCUGCUCUGGCGUGGGCAGCGACAGUGCUGGGCGGUGACGUGACCGUGGACCGCGGUCUGCGCGAAGGCGGGUCGCCCUGGCUGAUCCGGGCGGCUGGCAAGCCUGCGGUGUUGCGCAUUGCACCGCAGGCGAACUCGGGGGACGUGAGGACCGAGGUAGCCGCGAUGCGGCAUGCGGCGAUGGCCGGUCUGCCAGUGCCGGAGGCCCUCGGUCACGAUGAUGGUACCACAACCGGAUUCGCGCUCGCGCUGACUUCGUAUCUGGCCGGGUCUAGCCGGAUUCCGAUAGAACCUGAUGGCAAGCGACUGCGGACGCUGGGCGCCGCUGCCGCGCGGAUCAGCGCUGCGGAUGUUCCUUCUCUGGCGACCUUGCCGCCACGGACUGGACCAAUCGGAGACGUGGACUGGGCUGGAUUGCGGCGAAAGCAUGGCGCCUCAACAGUGCUAUGGAGGGCAACGGAGGCAGUUGAGCGCGUCAGGCCUGCCGACACUCGGGUGGUGUUCGUACAUGGCGAUCUGUGGCAUGGCAACACGCUGUGGGACGGUAUCAAGCUGAUUGCGAUUCUCGAUUGGGACGCUUCCGGAACUGGCUCCCCGGGAAUUGACCUGGGGUCGCUCCGCUUCGAUGCUGCCCUUUGCUACGGCCCGUCCGCUGCGGCGGAGGUCCUGUCCGGAUGGGAAGAGGAAGCCGGGCGUCCCGCACUGGACGUGGCGUACUGGGACGCGGUGGCGGCCCUCGCCACCCCGCCUGAUAUGGGCUGGGUUCAGCCGGCGAUGGCGGACCAGGGCCGUCCUGACCUGACGGCCGAACUGCUUACCGAACGGCGCGAGGAGUUCCUUGACCAGGCCCUGGGGGAGCUGGAGCAGUGAGGGCUCUGGUAUGAAGUGAUUCGGCCUACAUGUAGUCCUUAAUGUUACCACUCUCCACCUCUUCAAAAUGAUUACUGCCGAACAUGUAGAGAAAUAACAAAUAAACGUACCCAUCUUAAA